AUGGAUUUAAGGAAACUAUGUAUUACUAAGACUGAUGACCAGCAUUGCCCUGUUCCGAACCAGCUGAUGCAUUCGUCGGAUGGCCAGGGGUACAGCCCUUCAGCUCCAGGAUCGUAUUCGCAUCAGAUGCCAGCCAAGGUUCCUCCACAUCAAUCUUCUGGACAGUUUAACUAUGGUAGCUCUCAGAUUGCCUCUCAAUUAAAUAAUUACCAAGGACCUGGACAGAUUCUCAGCCGAGUGGCACCUCCGUCGGGGUCACCAGUGCAACAAGUGGGUUCUGCUCCACAAGUGCUGCCUCCUGUCCCGCCAAACUCGGCCGCUGGGUCCUCGGCCGGCAGCUUCGGAGCUGGCCCCCCGGGGCUCUCCAGCUGGCCCUAUGGCCAGGCUCCUGCCAGUCAUCCCGCCGGGUCCCCAACGAGCCAUGUGGCUCACAUGGCGGGGACAGCACCAACCCAACCACCGUCCUCCUUGCCGGGAAACACGAAUCCUCCAGGGAGUUACCAAUUUGCUGCCUCUCCGGGAGGCCCCCCGCUUCAGAACAGCUAUAUGAAGCCAGCACCUGCCCCUCGGCCAGUGACUCAGCCCUUACCUCCAGUCCACCCUCCAAGGCCGCCUCUCGGACCCCCUCCGGUUUCUGGUCCUCCUUUGAUCAGGCCAUCAACGCUGCCAGCAGCAGCACCACCUAAUAGCUCUGUGCCACAGGCUCUGCUAAAUUCAGCUGCAAGUAGAGAAGGUGAUGCUGCAUCCACUGCCAGUGAUGGGUCUAUGGUCCAAAACAGCUAUGAUGCAAUAGAAGGUGGUGGCCUCAUGGCAACCACACAUCCAUCUGCUGCCACCCCAAAUGUUAACAUGAGUAGAAAUGUCGGAUAUUCGUAUCCAAACUUGCCACCAGGCUACCAAAAUACUUCUCCACCUGGAGCACCAGGUUUGCAAGCACCUGCUCUGCAAUAUCCAGAUGGAUCAAAACCUUUCCACCAGCCUCCUUUAGGCCCUAAUCACUUAACUGCAUCUAUGGGCACCCUGAGUCUGCAGCAAGAAGGAUUAAGACCUGUGAAUCUUCUUCAAGAAAGAAAUAUUCUUCCUACGACCAUCUUGCAGGCUCCUGUCCCAAACUUGCAUGAAGACAUCCAGAAGCUGAAUUGCAAUCCUGAGUUGUUCCGCUGCACCCUGACUAACAUUCCUCAAACUCAGACCUUACUGAAUAAAGCCAAACUUCCCUUGGGACUCCUGCUUCAUCCUUUCAAAGACUUGUCGCAAUUGCCAGUGGUCACUUCAAGCACUAUAGUGAGAUGCCGUUCCUGCCGGACAUACAUUAACCCUUUUGUCAGCUUCCUAGACCAAAGGAGAUGGAAAUGCAAUUUGUGCUAUAGAGUGAACGAUGUUCCUGAGGAAUUCAUGUAUAAUCCUGUGACAAGAGCUUAUGGAGAACCUCAUAAAAGACCUGAAGUUCAGAAUGCUACUAUUGAGUUCAUGGCUCCAUCUGAAUACAUGCUACGUCCACCUCAGCCACCAGUGUACCUCUUUGUGUUUGAUGUCUCGCAUAAUGCAAUAGAGACAGGAUACUUGAAUACAGUUUGCAAGACCUUGCUAGACAAUCUUGACUUGCUUCCUGGGAACACUAGAACAAAAAUAGGCUUCAUAACAUUUGACAGCACAAUCCAUUUCUACAGUCUUCAGGAAGGUCUCUCGCAGCCGCAGAUGCUUAUAGUGUCAGAUAUUGAAGAUGUAUUUAUACCAAUGCCAGAAAACUUGCUAGUAAAUUUAAAUGAAAACAGAGAGCUAAUUCAAGAUCUCCUGAAGACCCUGCCACAGAUGUUUACCAAGUCCCUGGAAACGCAGAGUGCUCUUGGGCCUGCAUUACAGGCUGCUUUUAAACUAAUGUCUCCAACUGGUGGUAGAAUCUCUGUCUUCCAGACCCAGCUUCCAUCUCUGGGAAUGGGAGCACUAAAAUCGCGGGAAGAGCCAAACCAAAGAUCAACUGCAAAGGACAUACAUCUGACACCAUCGACUGAUUUUUACAAGAAAUUAGCCUUGGACUGCUCAGGGCAGCAGGUUGCAGUGGAUUUAUUUCUUCUUAGUGGGCAGUAUUCUGACUUGGCUUCUUUAGGCUGUAUAUCAAGGUAUUCUGCAGGCAGUGUCUAUUACUACCAGUCAUAUCAUCAUAAACACAACCCUGUCCAGGUGGAGAAAUUACAGAAGGAGCUGAAACGAUAUUUGACCAGAAAGAUUGGUUUUGAGGCUGUCAUGAGGAUAAGAUGCACCAAAGGUCUUUCCAUUCAUACCUUCCAUGGGAACUUCUUUGUGCGAUCUACAGACUUGUUGUCCUUGCCUAAUGUAAACCCCGAUGCAGGUUAUGCUGUGCAAAUGGCCGUAGAAGAGAGUCUUACUGACAUGCAAGUAGUGUCUUUUCAGUCAGCCCUGCUGUAUACAUCCAGCAAAGGCGAAAGGAGAAUCCGUGUCCACACCAUGUGCCUGCCCGUCGUAGCAACGCUGAGUGAUGUCUACUCGGGGGCAGAUGUGCAGGCUAUCACUGGGCUGUUGGCCAAUAUGGCUGUGGACCGAUCUGUUUCUGCCAGCUUGAGUGAUGCUCGUGAUGCCCUGGUCAACGCCGUGAUAGACUCCUUGUCUGCCUAUCGUGCUUCAGUCCUGAGCGUUCAGCAACCCGGGCUCAUGGCCCCCCGCUCGCUGCGGCUCUUUCCACUCUAUGUGCUGGCACUCUUAAAACAGAAAGCAUUCCAAACUGGGACAAGUGCACGUUUAGAUGAACGCAUUUUUACCAUGUGUCAAGUUAAGAACCAGCCCCUUGUUUACCUCAUGCUUAUGAUGCAUCCCAACCUGUACAGAGUGGAUAAUCUCACAGAUGAGGGAGCUCUUAACAUAAAUGAUAAAACCAUACCACAACCACCCAUUCUGCAGCUGUCUGUGGAAAAGUUGAGUAGGGAUGGUGCUUAUCUUAUGGAUGCUGGCUCUGUAAUGUUCCUGUGGAUUGGAAAGAACUGUGGGCAGAACUUUAUCAGCCAAGUCCUUGGAGUUCCAAACUAUGGCUCAGUUCCACAAAAUAUGACACAUCUCCCAGAACUUGAAACUGCAGAAUCCAUCAGAACAACAACUUUCAUCGCUUGGCUGAGAGAGCAGAGACCCUUCUUUCCUAUACUGUAUAUAGUAAAGGAUGACAGUCCAUUGAAAUCAAGUUUCCUGCAAAAUAUGAUUGAAGACAGAACAGAAUCAGCCUUAUCAUACUAUGAGUUCCUCCUGCAUAUACAGCAGCAAGUGAAUAAGUGAAACAUUAGCCUUUGGCUCACUUGCUUAAGAAAAGAUUUCGCGGUAAAGAACACUUGUGCUUGUAAUAUCUUCAUU